AUGAAGUCAAACUUAGGCCGCAAGAUCACUCCAUACGAUAUUUUCAUUUGUUCAGAAAAGCAUUUCAAAAAAUCGCAACAAUUCCCAAACCAGAAGCAGGGUUUAAUGCUGCAAUAUCCUUUUAACCCUGAUAUAUUUACCAAAGAAGAUUUUCUAGCUGCAGAGUUUCUUAACAACGAUAAUUUAAUUCUACAUUCUACAGAACAUCGUAAGCAAGACAGCAAAACUCCUGAAACACAACUUAUACCUGAUCGACAAAAUGAAAUCUCUAUCUGCAACAUUCCUGAUGAUUUUAUUCUACAUUCUUCAGAACAUCGUGAAAUAGACAACAAAACUCCUGAAUCUCAACUUAUAACUAACCAAUCGCCGUCAGUUUCACCUUUGCCAUCAAGUCCUACCUCCCCGACACAGCAGCUACCAACUCCACAUUCAUCAGGACAGCAGAUCCAGUCUUAA